CGGAAGACGUUUCUCGUUUGGUCAAAGCAACAUGGUUUCACCCAGUAGGCAAUGUGAAUGUAAACAAGCGGCUCACCUCUGAAAUGAUAAAUACCACCUGAGACAGAACUGUAACUGCUAUCAAAGCUGAAUGGCGUUCAGAGUAUGUGGUCGGUUGUUCAGAGGCUCGGCGGUGCUCUCCAGGCAGGUCGUCGUGUCUGCUCGUCAGGAAAGUGCGUCAUGGCUUCUCGCACCGGGAAACGCUGCCUGCAUCCGAGGAGGGAGGAACGGAUUUAUCUUCACUCCUGCUUGCUUUAUUACAUCAGAGGCAUUUCUCAACAGACUGAUGAAAGGCAACGCAGCAGAGGCAGAAGGCAGUUUUGAUCGCCUUCCAGCCUCUGUUCCGCCGGACAGCGGUGAACAAUUAUCUUUGCUAAUGAGAAGUCCAGAUCAGCCUGACAACUCAAAGGUUUUAAAAGUGGCCGUAAUAGGUGCCCCAAAUGCUGGGAAGUCCACCUUGUCCAAUCAGCUCCUUGGCAGAAAGGUGUUUGCUGUGUCCAAGAAAGUACACACUACACGGUCACGGGCCACGGGCGUCCUAACAAAGGAUGAUACACAGAUAAUUUUACUGGACACUCCAGGUCUCACCACUCUAUCAAAGGUCAAAAGACACCAGCUGGAGAAGUCUUUGCUCUUGGAUCCCUGGAACACAGUCAAAGAAGCUAACUUAAUCGUAGUCAUGGUGGAUGUGGCAGACAGAUGGAUGUGCAACAGGCUUGACUAUGAGGUGCUCAAAUGCCUGGCCCAGCACCCGGACAUCCCUGCAAUCCUGAUCCUCAAUAAGGUGGACCUGGUUGGGGCUAAGGACAGGCUGCUAGAUAUAACAGCACAGUUGACAUGUGGAAUUGUGAACGGACGCAGAAUGCGUGUCAGGCCAGUGAUCAAGCCCCCGUGGGCUGAAAAGAGGCAAGAAAGGGAUUCAGAGUCAUCGCUUGACGAGGACAACGCAGGGCCUGAGGACAGCGCUGAGCCAAACUCUGUGCUGAGCAAAGAGCAGCUGAACGCACUGAGGAGCCAGCAGGGCUGGCCUCACUUCAAGGAUGUCUUCAUGCUCUCGUCUGUGGAUAGAGAGGAUGUGGACACGCUGAAGAGCUACUUUAUGGUUGUGGCCAAGCCAGGAUCGUGGCAGUACCACAGUGAGGUCCUGACUGACCAGCGUCCAGAGGAAGUCUGCACCAACAUCAUCAGGGAGAAGCUUCUGGAGUAUCUGCCCCAGGAAGUGCCCUAUACAAUGACACAGUCUGUUGAACUCUGGCAAGAUGGAGAAAAUUGUGAGCUUGAUAUUUCUGUGAAACUUUAUGCCAAGAAAGACAGUCACAUGAGGAUGGUGAUUGGCACAGCCGGCCAGAUGAUAUCACGGAUCUCCAGAGAGGCCGGUGAGGACCUGAGCCGCGUCUUCCUCCGGCAAGUAAAACUGAAGCUCUCAGUCAAGCUGAAGAAGUGAAGAGGAUGGAAGGACUUUAAGGGUGAAAUCCUAAAGAGACGACGAGGUGGAAACAGAUCCUGCUGGAUUUGAGAUGUUGAGAUAUUUUUCUCUGCAAAGGACAGACGCGAAGAGUCGAACAAAGGAUAAUAUCUCAUCAUGAGUCAGAUGUGGAGCUGCGUGAUGGCAUAUAUCCACAGUCCCAGAGCUCCCACUGAGAUGGUACCUGUAUAAAGGAUAGAAAUUGUACUGCUUUCUCAUCAUGCAUCAACAGCGUUGUUUCAUGCAGUCUCAUAAGAUAUUAUUAAAGAUUUUUAUGUGAA